AUGAUUUAUAACAGCCAUUUUGAAGACAAUCAAGCGACAGGCAAGGACGGAAAUCCUGGUCUGGGUGGAAACGGUGGUGCUAUCAGUUUCGAUGGCAGAGGUCGAAAUAAUACCAUAUGUGGAACAAGAUUUACUAGAAACCAGGCAAACAAAUUCGGUGGAACAUUCUUUCGUGUGUCUUACAAUGGUGAUGAACAGAACAAUUUCGAUAAUGUACUAAUUGAUAGUAACCUUGUUGUUCAAAGUGGUAAUGGUGCAGCAGGUGCAUUAUACAUUCAAGGUGGUACAGCAAGAAUUCGUAAUGCUACUAUUUUUAACAAUUCAGCGACAACAGCUGGCGCCCUGUUCUUCUCCAAUGAAAAAGCUGUCGAAUUAAGCAGUGUUAAUUUAAUAGGAAAUCGAGCGAACACUCAAAUUGGUGGUGCAUUCUUCUGUUCCAAGCCAGUUACAGGUACCUUGUCUGGUCUAACAGUUGCCAACAAUUAUGCUGGUGUGCUUGGUGCAGCUUUUGCGGCUUGUACUGACACGUUGACAUUGUCGAAAUCCAUUAUUGCCAAUAAUACAGUUGGUAAUGUUUACACCGCCAAUGCUUGUAGUAAUGCGAUGAACGAUGGCAAAGGCGUUAUCCAAGCACCUAUCAACAAGCCAAAGCCUGCAAAUGGAGUGGAUCCUCCUUGUACCAAUGGCACAGGUACACCGAUGAGAGUCGAUAAUAUUACUGUCAUUUUAGAUACAACAGCAUGGAAGAUUAAAGUCGUUGGUGCUCAACCGGUGUAUUUAGGUCCAACUGUUGUUCCAGGCUUAUAA